CAAACAGCACAAGCGACGGCUGCAGCUCCAAUGGAGAUCAGCAUACACAACGGAAGCACGCUGCUUUUUUGUGACGAGCCACAUGACUUGCCAAACGCGCCGGCUCUACAGCCUCUCUGGAACUUUGUCCGAAGGCAGGAGGGCUUGAUCAAGUCUCCCUUCUUCCCGGUGCUGUUCAGCUUUGCAAUCUAUACAGCUUUCUGCUUGCCUUUUAUCGCCCUGGAUUUUUUAAGCCCUUGGAUCUCCGUCUUGAGGAAGUAUAAAAUCCAACCGCAUAGCUCGCCUACACCGCAGAUGGUGGUUCUUUGCCUGGCUCAGAGCAUCUACCACCACAUCGUGUGUAUCUUUCCAGUGACUGUUGCGCAUUGGUACUGGAGGCCAGUGAGCUUGCCUAGCAUUGCUCCCGAGGUACCCGCGCUUCUCCUGCAGGUAGCUGUUUGCCUGCUGUUGUUCGAUUUCUUGUCCUUUUUGUGGCAUUUGCUCCACCAUAAAGUGCCCUGGCUCUACAAAAAUUUCCACAAGGUCCACCACAAACACGUCUCUACCUUUGCUCUGACCACUCAGUUUGCCAGCAUUUGGGAGCUGCUCUGGCUGGGUUUCUUUGCCGUAAUUGGUCCGAUGCUGUUGGGGUGUCAUCCAUUGACGGAAAUGACUUUCUUCACGGCCAACAUCUGGUUGUCAGUAGAAGAUCAUUCUGGCUAUGACCUGCCAUGGUCAACCCAUAAAUUGGUGCCUUUUGGCCUGUAUGGAGGAGCUCCACACCAUGAUCUCCACCACCAGAAGUUCAAGUUCAACUAUGCACCUUACUUUAAACACUGGGACUGGCUAUUUGGAACCCUUAGCCAUGCUCAGAAGCCAAGCGACGUGAAGGUCAACAAAGAUUAAUUUGUAUCCUCAUCUUUUACCCUAUCCUUCCCUGAGUCAAUAUUUGGAAGCUCUGGUGUGAAAAAACAAACUGAAGAAUUUUGCACUGAACGUAUUUAUGCAAAUAUGUUUAUAAAAUGUUAAUAUUUAUGGUUUGGGAUUUGAUUGCAAUGACACAAACUGUGUGAAAGAGAUAAAAACGGUAUGCUUUUUAAUGGGGAUAUCUGGGCUUUUAUAAAGCUGUUAUAAAUGAGUGGCUAAUAUAUAGGUUUGCUGGCUUGAACAUAUAUAUUUAUAUAAUUAUAUAUUAUGUAUAUAAUUCCUAUGGAAUUUUUCUCAUCUUCACAUUGAGGAGAAAAGAGUUCUUUUUGUAAACAUUUCUAUUCAUUUGCUAACCUGAAAGCAGCACUGAUCUUUUGUCCUGUGAAAUUUAAGUUAUUUAUAUUAUUUUUAUAUUUGAUGAAAUAAAUCAAAAUUUGAUAUUAUUCCAUUUCUGUUGUCUAUGCACUU